GGAAGUUUGAAUCCUCGACCCUAAAAAUCUGCUGCCAUGGAGGAUAAAGGUCUGGAGAAACCAGUUACCCUAAGCAUUUACAAGGCAGUUCGAAGCAUAAAGCAAAAACAUAACAGUCUCUAUAACGCGCUGCGCUCAAUCUACGAGGACUCGAUCUUCGUCGGAGAGAUAUCGGAGCUAUGGCCGGAGCUUCCGCUUUUGGCGAACCUCAGGUGCGGUCUCUGGUAUUCCCCAAAGUUCCACUCCACCUGCUAUUUCAAAUCCACCGAUGGCCACACCAAUAACUGGUCGUUUAACACCUCUCGUCUCAAUCUUCAUGUCGCCCUGCUCGCCGGCCAAAGGGGAGGUUGUAUGAUCAUUGAUUCAACAAGAAAAGGGAAAAGAUUUCCCGACAGCAUGUCGAAGACAAUACCAAUUUGGUGUUGUGUAUUGAAUCGUGCCAUUGCUAAUUAUAGGUGUAGAUCAACUGGUGUUAAUAUUCCAAAUGAUCAGGAAUCAAACACAAAUAAUUGCAUGUCAAAUCUCCAUAGUGUAGAUAUUAAAGAGUACUCUUUCACUUGGGAUUGCUCUUUGCAUCUUCCUAUCUGGGUCUCUGAAACAGAAAAAAGUCGUAUUGAGGAACGACUGGAUAGAUGGACCAAGGAUCUUGAGGAUAGCGGAGCUGACAUUGCAUCAAUGUCUUUCUCCUUAAAGAAGCCAUUACGACCUUUAUGGAUUUCACAGAAAACUGUUAUUUGGUUAAAUGAAGUGCCAGAGUCGAGUUCUUGGGACUUCACGCCCCUCAUACUUGUUUCUCCAUCGUUCUCGACAAGUGGGUUUCAGCAACGAACUACUUCAGAGUUUAGUUGGAAUUAUAUAGCUGGAGCUGGAGAUGAUGAAGAAAGUUGGGCAAGAGGAUUAACUCCAACGCUUUUCUGGAAACAUGCUUAUGAACUCAUAGGUUUGGGGCCUAAUUUAUGCAAUCAGAAGGUUGCUGAUAUUGUUGAAAAGAAUAGAGUAUACUGUGCUCAAAGGGGGGAUGAUGCUCCUCAGGUUACUUUGAAGUCUUUUAAACCAUUUUGUCUCAGCAAUGAGUUUCCUGCAAAAGAACUGCUGAAUGUAGAAAAUCUGUGUAUAGAUGGAUAUGAAGGGUCCAGAAGUGAUGAUAAUGCUAUAUCUUGGCUUGGUGCUACCAAUGUAGCCGUUGGCAAAACCCUUCAUGCUAAAGAUGCAUCUUCUAUUGAUAGCAUACUUAACUGCAGCCUUGAAGAACUUCCCCACUUGCCAGAUGAUCCUGAAGCCUAUUUACACCUCCCGAUUGUGGGCUGUAAGUUUGACCGCUUCUCUGUGUCAAGAAAUCUUCCUUUGGCUAUCAACUUUGCCAAUAAUAACUUAAGGAAAGGGAAGAAACUUCUUGUGUGCUGUGCAAAUGGAGAAGAUAUAAGCAUAUCUGUUUGCCUGGGGAUAUUGCUGGCAUUAUUUGAUGACAGAGGAUGCUAUGAUGAGAGGAUAUCCUUAAAGCAGAAAAAUAUCACCAAGCUAGAAUUGCGACAAAGGCUGGUCUUUAUUUGCAAAUUUGCGGUGAAUGCUCGCCCGUCGAGGGGAAAUCUGAAGCAAGUCUUCAACUACAUUAACAGCAGGAACACUGGGUGUGGUCUUGAAACCACAGCAGAACAAAAUGGGGAGUCAAACGUGAUUGAGGUGCCAAGCAUUUCAGGUUAAUGAAUUUCCUUUUAAUAUGAAUGGUAUGAGAAUAUUGAAUGAAUCUCUAGGAUAUUUUGGACAAUUUAUCAUGCUACAUAUUUUUUGUAUUGAAUAUGGAAAGUGACUCACAGAUCUUGCCAUUAUGCAUUGGGCGGCGAUUCAAGUUGGGUCCAAAUUUUCAAGAAUGCUUUUAUAGUGCACUUUGGGUGCAUACCAUUUUUGUAGAUUCUUUCACAUAAAAAUCUUAUUUUUUUUUAAUUUUUUUAUUAAAAUAAAUAGAUGCUUAUUUA